GCAAGAGCAAGAGGAUAGAGAGAAGGAUAGAGAGGGACAGAUUUCAGGGUGGAAGAGUUUGGCCUUUUUGCCCAGCAGAGCCACUCAGGAGCCCAGUUCUUAGUGGAGGACCCUCAGAUCUUUAAGUCAUCAGUGGUCUCUUCAUGCUGAGUUUCUGAGUGCAGGUACUGAGGAUGGCGGGACAGAUGUUGAUGGUGUGCGUGCUGGUUACUCUUCUUUGUCAGGUGUGGAGCUCUGCAGAGCUUCAUCACAAUGAGAAAGAGUUGCAUGCUCAGGCCCUUUACCCCUGGAGAAAUCAAGGCAGGGGAAUGGUCAGGGUGAAGAGGGACUGGAUCAUCCCUCCAAUCAGAGUGCUGGAGAAUAGCAAGCAGGUUCCCGAAAACCUUGUCCAGAUCAAGUCGGACAAAAUCUUUACAGGUGAGGUGAUCUACAAGUUAGAGGGACCCGGGGUGGACCAGGAGCCCAAGAAUUUAUUUGAGAUUGACGAUAAAACAGGAAUGAUCAGGAGCAAGCGGCCACUGGACAGAGAGAAAUACAGCACUUUCACACUGAAAGCUUUUGCACUGUCUCCCAGUGGAGAGAGACUAGAGAAUCCUACCACCAUAGAGAUAGUGGUGCUGGAUCAGAACGACAACAGACCCGCCUUCACCCAGAACCAGUUUGUUGGCAGUGUCUCUGAGUUCUCAGUCCCAGGCACAUCAGUGAUGUCAGUUUCAGCCACUGAUGCAGAUGACCCAAUGACAGAAAAUGCUUUUCUGAGCUACUCUAUCAUUAGCCAGGAGAGUAUCCCUGCUAACGCUGUUACCAAGACUAUGUUUGGCAUUAACAACCAGACAGGAGCCAUCUACACAAGAGACGUAGGCCUGGACAGAGAGGUGGUGAAAAGUUUCAGAUUAAAACUACAGGUGGCUGAUAUGGGGGGCAUGGGACUAACAAGUGAAGGUGAAGCAAUCAUACAUGUAUCUGAUAUCAACAACCACGCCCCCCAGUUUAGCCCCACCUCGUAUAGUAUGACAGCAGUGGAGAACAGGAAGGACUUUGAGAUUGGCCGAGUGAACGUGACAGACAGAGAUGAUCGUGGAACGGGAAACUGGGAGGCCAAAUACUUCAUUGCCAAUGAUCCCAACAACAACUUUGCCAUCACUACAGAUCCUCCCACCAACCAGGGCGUUCUGACAGUGGUGAAGCCCCUGGAUUAUGAAGCUCAGAGUGAGUACGUCCUGAUUCUGACAGUGGAAAAUCUCAAUACUCUGAGCAACAAGGCUCCCAACCUCCCAGUGAGCACUGCUACGGUGGUGGUCUCUGUCAUCAAUGAGAACGAAGCUCCGCUUUUCAGGGAGGACCCUAUAGAGAUUGUGGUCCCUGAGUCUGUGGUUCCUGGGACACUACUGAAAAGCAAUAUUGCCUUUGACCCUGAUAAUUCUGCCCUGAGAUAUGAGAUUAGCAGAGAUCCUGAGAGAUGGCUGGACAUCAACAGGGAUACAGGAGACAUUACAGCCAAGAGAACCUUUAACAUGCGAUCUCCACAUGUUAAAAACCAUAUCUACAAUGCUGUUUUGAAAGUUACAGAUGCUGGUGGUGUGUCAACCACAGCCACAGUUGCCAUCACACUGAAGGAGACCAAUGACUUCCCCCCUCAGCUCUUUCCUCUGAGUGGUUCUGUUUGCAGGGGUGCAGGCUGGAGGAGUUCUGGUUUGGUUGUAACUGCAGUGGAUGAAGACCUUCCUCCGCAGGCUGCUCCUUUUGUCUUUGAAAUGCCAGAUUAUCUGUCAGUCAACUGGACUGUUGUCCAAGUCAACGAUACUCAUGCUUUGCUUCAGCCCCUCGUAGAGCUGGAGGAAGGAGAGUAUGCGGUCACAGUCCUUGUGUCAGACUCCGGCAGUCCAGUUUUGAGUGCUUUUGCUCAGGUCAAUAUCACUGUGUGUCUCUGUGACUCUUUCGGAGACUGUAAGUCCGAGGCAGGUGCUGUCUUUGGCUCCAGUGUGGGAAUCAGCUUCAUCGCACUCAUUAUCAUCAUGGCCAGUAUUGCACUCCUACUGCUGCUGCUCCUCCUGGCUGUGGCACUGACCUCCUGUGGGAGACGCCACCAUAUCAAGAAAGGAACAGGGCUGCUUGUUGGGGAAUCAGAAGACGACAUUCGUGAUAAUGUCUUCAACUAUGAUGAGCAAGGAGGGGGUGAGGAGGAUGAGAAUGCCUUUAACAUUGACAUGCUGUGGAAUCCCCAUGAUGCACCAUCAACCCCGGGGUCCUACUAUCCAGGGUCUGGCAUUCCUCGAGGCAAGCAGCCCCUCAGGAAAGAUGCCCCUCAUAACCUACCCUCCCCCACCUACCCAAGGAGGCCUCCUGCAGAUCCCACUGACAUCGAGGACUACAUCAAUGAUGGCCUGGAGGCUGCGGAUAAUGAUCCGAAUGUGCCUCCAUAUGACACAGCCCUGAUCUAUGACUAUGAGGGAGAGGGCUCACUGGCAGGUAGCCUCAGCUCCAUUGCUUCAGGCAGUUCUGAUGGAGACCAGGACUAUGACUACCUCAACGACUGGGGACCACGCUUUCAGAAACUGGCCAACAUGUAUGACCCACGUUAAGGUGAACAGUAUCCUCAUAGAAAGAAGAGUCACCACCAGUUAGGGAGACAGAUCACACCUUAGGUGUUUUUCUGGACACAUUUGAAGAGAUUUUAGUCCAGGACAAGAUUUGAUGUGUGCCAAGGAAAAAUAAAUGCUUUGCAAAACAACAGGCGUUUAAUCUAAUGAGCCUAAGGUUUUGUUCAGGAACAUUUGGACACAGCUGACAAAAUGGCUCGUUGCAAAGUUUUGUGGUUAGCUCGGGAAACGUGAAUGACAGUGAAACGCGAUGUGAUCAGUCACAGGGAAAGGGGCUGUGCAUGUUACAAGGCAAACAAAAUGUGUGUUGAAAUGUGUGUCCAUGUCUGUCUUUUGUUUUUCCUCAGACUUGGAUUUCUCAGUAAUGAUGCAUACAACAGGCCUGAGAUAUAUGAAAAAUAUUUUCAAUGUAUUUCUUUUUUAUAUAAGUGAUUAUUUUAUAAGAUUAAUUUGCUUUGAUAUUGAUUUUGUUUGAUUUUUUUUUUUAUCACAAAUCCCCCAUUCCAGCAUCUGUUUAACUUUUUGCAAGUCAUCUCAGCAUAAAAUAUUACUUAACAAUACAAACUGUACCACACAAUUUUCUGUAAUCAGAUUGUUUUGAGGUGAAAUCUUUGAAUGUUUUUUUAUAUGUUUAUUGAAUUUUGAUUUUACUGGUGUCUACAGAAUAAAUGUAGAUCUUUUAUUUAGUGUCUAUAUUGUUCAUUAUGAAAAAGGUUGUGCUAUGUUUACUCAUAACUCAUAUAUACACAC